AUGGUAGUCACAAGAGGCCAAGCGGAACGUGAUGAACAAGCGGCAGCGCUAGAUGAAAAAUCACCACAGUCACCGUCAAUGAAUAGGGUGGGCCCCCAGGAACAUCGGAGCCCCGGUGACACCGUACCCUCCACACGCCGCGGAUAUCAGGUUGAAAAUUGGACGGCCGGCGCCGAACAAUUCGCCGGGCCGUCAACCGCCACCGCAAUGAGGCAAGAAGUCACACAAUAUAGAAGAGGAACACCGACACCGUCCGUACAAUCUAUAAGAAGCGUGCAGGACGAGGCGACGCAACUAGCUGACAUGGAUCCUAAAAUGGACAAUCGUACACGUCAGAAGCUAGCAAUGAACACUGCCGCCUCGAACAGAUAUUCAGCAGACCCAGGGGAACCAGAACAGAACGAACAUCGUGUCCAGGAGUGGUUGAAACAAAAUGGACCACCCACGGACAACAUACGAGGGGAGUCGGUAUUUAUAAGUACCAAACCGACUCGCCACGAGAACGGGGAACAAUUAAAAACCCCGAUCAAGACACAGAACAAUGAAGACCAGCAUCGACGAUCAUCAACACCGACGGACAUAAUGGAACGAGCCUUAGACAAGCUAACGAGCGCGGUAGAAUUUCUGAUGAAGUCCAGGCCACCACCACGACAAGCUACUGAUUUACCCAUAUUUACUGGCUCGCCGUGGGAAUGGCUUCAAUUCCGCGCAGCUAUGACGGAGACGACAGCACUGUAUCGUUUUACAGCAGUCGAAAACAUAGCGAGAUUGCGAAACAGUCUGCGGGGUCAAGCUAGAGAAAUUGUAGCACCGUUGCUAAAUGCCUCGACCCAUCCAGAUCGUAUUAUGGAAACGCUGGAACAAUGCUUCGGUCAUCCCGAAAUAAUAGCCGAUCGUGCUAUUGAAGACUUGAAGCGACUGCCACGACCAGGGCAGUCCACUAGCGAAUUUAAUGCAUUCGCAGUUAAAGUACAAAACAUCGUAACAGUUCUGAGUCAAGUAAAAAAAGGUUAUCUGUUCAACCCGAUGCUGACCAGGGAAGUACUGGAGAAAAUGAGUCCCCAUCAACGAUCGAACUGGUAUAUAUUUGCAGAGAAAAAUGAGAAGCAGGAUAUACCAGACAUAAUUCAACUUUCAAACCAUCUUACGCAAGAGGCGAGAAGGGCUAUGAAAUAUGGAUAUUCGGCGCCUACAUACGUAAAAAAAGAAAUACCGCGAUCACCCACGAUGCAUGGGCAGACAGCGAUACCGCCUAGGAAUAAGAGACAUGUUUUUACAGUUGAAACUGUAGAAAAUGAGAAUAAGGGACACACGAUUGUGUGCCCAGACUGCAGAGGACAACACAAGUUAACAGUUUGUCCUGAAUUCACAACAAAAACAAUCGAUCAACGAUGGAACGUUGUUAAAAAAGGCAGUCUGUGUUUUAAAUGUCUCGUAAGUAAAAAUAAACGUCACAAUUGCGAAGCAAUAUCGUGCGGCGUCAGCACGUGUAAGCUUCGCCACCACCCGCUGCUGCACCAACACACAGGGCUCAGCGCAAACACCGGUGACAACGCUGAAGACAUCGACAACGAAGCGGUUACGACAACGACAGUUGACAAGAGUACCGACAUCAAAUUAAAAGUAUGUCCAGUCACUGUAAUUGGCCCGAAAGGAAAACAAAGAAUAUAUGCACUGUUCGAUGAGGGAUCUACAGUUACGCUAUUGGAUGAAAAAAUAGCAAAAGCAGUGGGGGCGGACGGACCGAUUCACCCACUAAACAUGCAUGGAAUAAAUGCUGACCGAUGCGAAAUAAAUAGUCGAUCGGUACAGAUUAAGAUACAAGGACAGAGCCGACGCAAAUAUAAAAUAAAUGCAAGAACCGUCACAGAAAUGAAGCUCACUAGUCAGUCUAUACCUAAACGACUGUUAGAUUUAAAUCAUUUAAAGGAUUUAAAUCCGAAUAAGUUAUGCUACGAUAAUGAGUGCCCACAGUUGCUAAUCGGAUCGGACAACUGGCAGCUUAUCGUUACAAGAAAAUUAAAAAUGGGUAGGAGAAACGAGCCAGCCGCGUCAUUAACGCAGUUAGGCUGGGUACUGCACGGUACCACUCCCCGCGUAACGAACAAAAGGGACUCGGCACAGGUGCUGCAUGUUACAACAGUAGCAGAAAAUAAACGGUUGCACGAGCACGUCGAGCAACACUUCGACACCGACGCGUUGGCUAUAGAGAAAAAAAAUGAAGAUAAAGUCGACAGAUCAACGAGCAAUUAA